GCACAUCACUAAACUACAGCUGGGAGCCGAGCGAACGGUUAUCGUCACGCCCACCCUCGGUAUAACACACAUCUCCACACAUCAACGGUACUGACUUGACCAGACAGACCUACAUAAUUAUACUGAAUCUAAAUUCACAAAGAAGGAAGUAAAAUCACCAUGGCAAGCCGACCAAGGGGAUAUGGAAUGACUGCUGAAUUGGCGGACAAGAAGGAUGCUAAGUUUGAUCCAGACUUGGCGACCGAGGCGUUUGAAUGGAUUGCUGCUGUACUUGAAACGGGACCGCCCGAAUCACAAGAAUUGGCGAGCUCAGUUGGACCUGUAAUCGCUGAAAAGCAUGUCCAUGUGCCUCUCAAAGAUGGCGUCGUUCUUUGUCAUUUAAUCAACGUUAUCAGGCCGGGGUCAGUGAAACAAAUCAACUCCUCUAAGAUGGCUUUUAAACAGAUGGAAAAUAUUGGGAACUUUUUGGGAGGAUGCGAAAACCUAGGAAUAUCCAAGGUGGAGCUAUUUCAAACUGUGGACUUAUACGAGGCAAACAACAUCCCACAGGUAAUUAUACUUCAGUUUAAAAAGAAAUUCCAGUAGUUGCAGUAAACACUG